GUUAAAAGCACAGAAACAACCCAAAGUCUCUAAUAUUCAAUGCGAUAAAAAAAAAAAAAAAAGAGUCAAAGACACAGAGAUCCGACCAUCUGAGCAAGACGAAGAACAUAUGAUGUCGGAGGGAGGAGCACCGUCGAAAUACGUGAAGUUGACGAAGGAGCAAGCUCCGGUCGAUGAGGUUAAUCCUGGCGAACUCAAUCAACCGAUUCAGGUUCCCCAUCUAGCUGUUCACAAAUGCAACGAGUGUGGCCAAGCUCUACCUGAAAAUUUUGAAGCUCCUGCAGAUGAGCCAUGGACUACUGGAAUAUUCGGGUGCACUGAGGACAUGAGUAGUUUUUGGCAGGGACUCUUUUGCCCAAGUGUUCUCUUCGGACGUGUCUAUGAAACUCUGAGUGACGAAGAAACCUCGUGGACCAAAGCAUGUAUCUGCCACUCGAUUGUAGUUGAGGGAGGACUAACAGUUGCAUCCAUAGCUGCUUGUGCUCCCGGUAUCGAUCCGCAUACAACGUUUCUUAUGUGGGAAGGCUUGUUGUUUGUUUGGUGGAUGUGUGGGAUUUACACCGGAAACGUUAGGCAAACUCUACAGAGGAAAUAUCAUCUCCAGAACUCUCCAUGUGACCCCUGUAUGGUGCAUUGUUGUCUCCAUUUCUGUGCGGUUUGUCAAGAGCACCGUGAGAUGAAGAACCGUCUUUCGGACAACUUUGUGAUGCCCAUGACUGUGGUUAAUCCGCCACCAGUUCAAGAGAUGAGUGCCUCUGACGACUCUGUCCCGGUUUCACACCAUGGCUCUGAGCUCGAGAUGCGGCCAUUGUAGAGACUCAAUGUUUCAACCAGAUUCAAGGUCCUGUUUUGUUCUGUUUUGUAAUGGACCUGUGUUUUAAUGAGGAAUGGAUGAUAUGUUAAACCGACUUGGUUUGUUUAAUUUUCAUACAAUCAUUGAUCCAUAUCGCAAAAUUAAAAUAUUUAUU